AAACGGGAAGCCAAACACUUUAUUAAGAGCACGAUCAUCCCCGAUGCGUUUUGAUGUGCGGAUGGAACUGAUUCGGUCACUUCCGCCUCUAUGAUCUCCAUCUAUUGUUUCCUAUUGGCUGUAUCGCCAGCUGCUUCUCUACAAGUGGAGUGUACACUGCAUCAGUUAUUUGGAUGUUUGGAAUCCCUGCGGUCGGUGACACAAGGCAAUGACUUGACCUUGGCAACAACGAGACAAGAACUAUCUGAUGUUUGUAGAAAUUUGAAGAAAAGCGUGUUAUGUGUGGAUGAACAUAUGAAAAGUUGCUUUACUGCCACCCAGAGGAAAGUCUUCAAUCAGGUCGUUGCUGGUGCUCGACAAUUUUUAUUGGAACUAUGCGUAUCUGGAAAGAUACAAGAUACAUAUCUGAGGCAUUCCCCCUGUUACAAAAACGUGUCUCUAUCCGAAGAAAAAUGUGCGCUCAAGUAUCAAUACUUGAUUCAGCUAUCUGAGAAUGUAGACAAAGGAAGAGAUGUUGAUGAAGGCCUUAGAGAAUCUUGUUGUGCCUUCAACGCGUUUGUGCUCUGUAAAAACAUACACGUGGACAAAGACUGUGGUAAAGAAGCUGGCCAAUUCCUCCGCCAACAUCUAGACCGCAUUUCCAGUCCACUGAUACACGAACAUUGUGCGCAUUACAUGUAUGCUACUGAUGCCUGCAGCACAUCAAGGGCUUCCAUCUCAACAAACUAUGGUUUUUUAUUUCUCAGCUUCAGUUUAUUAAUGCGCUUGUUGACGUGA